CUGAUGCCAUGAGUACAUGUCUUAUCAGAAAAUAGUGCUAGAAACAAACGGAGAGAUUAAUUUCGACUUCUUUAAAGCUUCUUCACUAAUUUCGUUGCUGUUAGCUUUCAAUAACGAAAUUUUCAUCAAGCGACUGUCGGGAUGGCUUUUCUUGUCGGAAAAGCAAAAAAUCCUAAUUUAAAAUUGAAUAAGUGUUGUAUAGGAAACAAAAAAAGAAGUUAAAGAGGCUACGAAACGGCUGUUGGUUUUCGACUUUAGUGACUUACACGAAAGUCGAACUAAUGGCCGUAGAAAAUUUUAUGAUCACUGAGGACAAAAACAACAUCUUAAAUUAUCUUUAUUAUUAUAUUAGAGAUCCAUUUUUUUACAUAAAAAUAACAGAAAAGUCCCCUACAUAUGUUGGAUAUCCAUAAUUUAUUUGAUGCAAAAGCAUUUAACUUUCAACUCAAGUUUUCUAAUAAAAUAACUUCAAACUUUUUAAACUAGCUAGCUAGCUAUAUCCUUCGAAAUUUUGCAUAGAAACAUGCAAGUUUAUUUCACAUAAAGCCAGUCGAAGCAACAGCACAGACCGUAGCUUAAUUUACCGCCAAAAUAAAUGCUGAAGGAAAACUUUCCUUUUUUAAAAAAAAUAAAAAGUAGAAAAUUCAUCAUAAAAAAGUAAUUAUUUAUAAUCAGGAUGUCUAGACGUCUAUCAUUUCUUGCACCUUGACUUUUUGUGAGUGGUCCUUUUAUAACACGCUAUUUUUCAAAUUGAGAUUAUUGAUUCGUUUCGUAGCCCCGUUUAAAGACCCGAAAAAUUAUGUUUUCAAAGUCACGUACAUCUUGCGACAUGUGGAGAUGAAAAUGUUGCAUGAUAACUACGUCGUCAGUUUGUGCACCCUUUUUUUGUAAGAAUAUGCUUUAUAAGAAUACCAAGCUUGGAUUUUGGUUGAAAACAAUAGAUAUAUUGUAUAGAACAAUAGGGAAAUAAGAAUAAUGACUAGCUUGGUUAAAAUUUUGAUAUUCUUAGAAAAAAAAGCGUGUAAUACGAUUGCAAUGCGACAGUCGCUCGACGAAACAAAUUUUCUAUACAUAUGUUUGUAAACAAAUGAAAAAGAAAUUGUAAUUCAAGCAAUAAGUAGUUAUUUUUUUUUUUUUUGAAAUGGUUAGCAUUACUCUUGUUUUAAGCUUUAUAGAGCUGGAUGGAAGUUUCUAAAAAAAAAUAGAGUUGUCCACAUCUUCACCAGAAUUGAUUUUUUAUUUUAUUUUAUUGCCGUGGUAAGGAUUUUCCAUUUCUGCAACAAAAUGUUGAAUUUUUAUAUUUAAGUUUCAAGUUUUUGAGUUGCAAUAUACUUUAAGUUUAUUGUCCUUUUCUAAUUGAGAUAUAAUUUAUUUUACUGUCCGAAGUCUACCUUACUAGAGUAAAUAUUCAAAGAACAUGGGACGAUCAUCAAAGGACAAACGAGAUGUUUACUACAGACUUGCAAAAGAAGGAGGGUGGAGAGCAAGAAGUGCUUUCAAGUUAUUACAAAUAAACGAAGAUUUUGAUUUGUUCACGGGGGUUAAACGGGUAGUUGAUUUGUGUGCAGCACCUGGUAGUUGGAGUCAGGUUUUAAGUCGGAAACUUAUCGAAGAACGUCAAGGGAAUAACGAAGACGUGAAAAUUGUCGCCGUCGAUUUGCAAGCAAUGGCACCUCUGCCGGGCGUCAUACAAAUUCAAGGAGAUAUAACGAAGCUAUCAACUGCGAACGAAAUAAUCCAGCACUUUGAAGGAGAGCCUGCAGAUCUUGUUGUAUGCGAUGGGGCACCGGAUGUGACAGGAUUGCACGACAUAGAUGAAUACAUUCAAGGACAACUACUACUCGCUGCCUUCAACAUAACAAGUCACGUGUUAAAAAAAGGCGGCAAUUUUGUGGCGAAAAUCUUCCGCGGAAAAGAUGUGGAUUUGUUGUACUCUCAGUUAAAACUAUUUUUUCCAGAUGUAACCGUGUGCAAACCAAGAAGCAGUAGGAACUCCAGCAUAGAGUCUUUUGUCGUGUGUUUAAAUUAUUCACCUCCUGAAGGUUAUAAACCUACCAUGGCUAAUCCUCUGUUAAAUCAAGACCUCGACUACAGCAGUUUGGAAGGUAUCAAUCGAGUGGUGACUCCUUUUAUGGCUUGUGGCGAUCUAAAUUCAUAUGAUUCAGAUAUGACCUAUCCGUUAAACUUAGAAAAGGGGAAGGAAUACAUUCAACUACCGCCCACCCAGGCGCCAAUCAAACCGCCUUAUCAAACCGCCUGCGAAUUGAAAAAGAAAAACCUUAUACAAGAAGAAGGACUGUCUGUUACAACACAAAUUAAUGACGAUAUAAAUAAAGAAGAGACCACGUGACAAGUUGCAAAUAUGUGUAUAUGAUUUUUUUGUAAAAUAAUUUUAACCGA